CGCGUCGGUGUCCCGGGGACAUGGCUGCUAGUAGCGGACACCUCCUCGAACUUCUCCCCAGCAGUAGCCCACAUCAGCUCUGAGGAGCGGGGCGUGGACUCUGAGCGACCAUUCCCUGCUCUUAAAUUUGAAGAGACGGCAGACUUUCGGGGGGUGAAAGAGAAACCAACAAGAAAUCGAUCGUGUAGCAGCUGGUGAAAGUAGUUUUCAAAGUGGUCCAAUAGGCCAGCCCAUCCGAUUCAACAGAGGCAGAUGAAGCCAAGAGGAAAUGUGGGAGAGUUCAGCCACUUCAUAUUUCUAUUCCGCUGGCUGCUGGAUGUUUGUGCUGCACAUAUUGUGAAUGUAGUAUUUAAGACUCUGAUCACAGAAAACUACAAAACCACGGGCUUUAACACUAGUCUGCCAUCAAAACACUGAUAACAAUCUAGAGUCACAAGCUCUGUGAUCCUGAGCUUAAACCAGACUGAACCAGCAAGCGGUCAACCUGCAGCAUACCCAUGGAUGACAUCUUCACACAGUGCAGAGAGGGAAACUCUGUGGCUGUUCGUCUGUGGCUGGACAACACGGAGAAUGACCUCAACCUGGGUGAUGACCACGGCUUCAGCCCUCUCCACUGGGCAUGCAGGGAAGGGAGGAGCGGCGUUGUUGACAUGCUUAUCAUGAGAGGUGCUCGUAUUAAUGUGAUGAACCGCGGCGACGACACGCCGCUGCAUCUCGCCGCAAGUCAUGGACACAGAGACAUCGUGGCUAAGCUGAUUCAGUGCAAAGCAGACCCCAACACAGUCAACGAGCAUGGAAACACCCCGCUCCACUACGCCUGCUUCUGGGGCCAGGAUGAAGUAGCAGAGGAUCUGGUGACCAGUGGUGCCCAGGUGUGUAUAUGCAACAGGUAUGGACAAACACCUCUGGACAAAGCCAAGCCUCACCUAAGACAGCUGCUACAAGAAAAGGCAGAGAAAAUGGGCCAGAGUAUGACCAAAGUUCCAUACAAGGAAACUUUCUGGAAGGGCACCAUGCGGACACGACCUCGUAAUGGCACCCUCAACAAGCAGGCUGGUAUCGAUUAUAAGCAACUCUCGCUGCUGGCAAAGAUCAAUGAAAACCAAUCUGGAGAGUUAUGGCAGGGUCGGUGGCAAGGGGAUGAGAUCGUAGUAAAAGUGCUACAAGUGAGAGACUGGACCACCAGGAAGAGCAGAGAUUUCAACGAGGAACAUCCAAAACUGAGGAUUUUUUCUCACCCAAACAUCCUACCUGUUCUUGGAGCCUGUCAGUCACCACCAUCUCCUCACCCUAUUAUCAUUACCCACUACAUGCCCUACGGAUCGCUCUACAACAUACUCCACCAGGGCACCACUCUGGUGGUCGACCAAAGUCAGGCAGUGAAGUUUGCACUGGACAUUGCCAGCGGCAUGGCUUUCCUCCACACCUUAGAACCAAUGGUUUCACGGCUUUGCCUCAACAGUAAGCACAUCAUGAUUGAUGAGGACAUGACAGCCAGGAUAAGCAUGGCAGAUGCUAAGUUCUCCUUCCAGUGUCCUGGCCGUAUGUACUCUCCAGCAUGGAUGGCCCCUGAAGCUUUGCAGAAGAAGCCCGAAGACAUUAACAGAAGAUCUGCAGACAUGUGGAGCUUUUCUGUGUUGUUGUGGGAGCUGGUUACCAGAGAAGUCCCCUUUGCUGACCUCUCACAUAUGGAGAUAGGCAUGAAAGUGGCUCUCGAGGGUCUUCGGCCAACCAUCCCCCCGGGGAUUUCACCUCACAUCUGUAAGCUGAUGAGGCUCUGCAUGAAUGAAGAUCCAGCCAAGAGACCCAAGUUUGAUAUGAUCGUUCCCAUCUUGGAGAAGAUGCAAGACAAGUGAACGCUUUAGCAUCGGUUUGCUCACUUCUGUUUUUGUUUAAUCACCAAAACCACUCUGUAGCAUCACCUCAGUAAUGUAUCUGCUAAGCAACUGUAAAUAAUGCCCAGAACCACUUUAGCUACACACAGUUCAAACACUAAUAUGUUAUUCCUUUUCUUGCAUAAGUUAAAUUCGAGGUUAAAUGUUCUUUAGGCUAUGCCACUCUGUUAGAAUGGCUGAAACUUGGUCACUAAAAUGCUGGCAAGCUUUUUAUAUCCGGCGUGGAUUUUAUUCAGUCAUGAUUCAAACUGAAAUAUGUAUAGAAUCGGUUCUUUUAUCCACACCAUCGACUCCCAGUGUAAUAAAUGUUUUGUAUUUAUGAC